AUGCUAACAAAUCACAAUAUUUUGCAGAGUUCCAACAACAUCAGCUACGUAAAUAAAGAAGAGAAAAUGUCCCUCAUCCCAAGCUUCUUUGGUGGUCGAAGGAGCAACGUUUUCGACCCUUUCUCCCUUGACGUAUGGGACCCCUUCAAGGAUAUUCACUUUCCAUCUUCGAUUUCUGCUGAAAAUUCUGCAUUUGUGAACACCCGAGUGGAUUGGAAGGAGACCCCAGAAGCGCACGUGUUCAAAGCUGAUAUUCCAGGGCUGAAGAAGGAGCAAGUGAAGGUGGAGAUUGAAGAUGACAGGAUUCUUCAGAUAAGCGGAGAGAGGAACGUUGAGAAGGAAGACAAGAACGAUAAGUGGCACCGUGUUGAGCGUAGCAGUGGGAAGUUCUUGAGGAAGUUCAGGUUGCCAGAGAAUGCAAAAGUGGAUCAAGUGAAGGCUUCCAUCGAAAAUGGGGUUCUCACUGUCACAAUUCCCAAGGAAGAGGUCAAGAAGCCUGAUGUUAAGGCUGUGCAAAUCUCGGGUUAA